AUGGAGGAGCGGGCACCAAAACGCCCACGAGAACCUGCUCCCAGUGAUUGUUGUGGAAGCGGAUGCUCAAGGUGUGUCUGGGAUGUUUAUUUUGACGAACUUGCAAGGUACGAGGAAUAUGCUAAGGGUUCGGAGGCGCAGGCAAUAGAGCUAGAUGAGGACGAGGAAGACGAAACGGGUUCAUCAUCCGACGAUGACAAUGAUGAGACACAUAAUUUUGUAGGCUCCGUUGUGAUUAAAUACAUAGAUGUUCCUACGAAUAAAGACGCGGUUAUAACACCGAUGGUGGCUUUGUCCAGAAUUUUGGGGCAUUUUUCACCUAUUUGUGAUGCCCGCGUGGUGAUGAGCAGUAGUUCCCAUUUAGUUGAUGGUAACGUUUUGCAGGAGGAUCAAGAUCAUGCAGUAGAAAUCGUCGAUGUAUUGUUAGAUAAUAGAUGCAGACCUGGGGAGCCAAUGAACUCUGUUUUGCCUAUACCGGGGGAUGUCGCAGAGAUAUUUGUUCCCAACGAUUAUGACGUACAUAGAUCAGGAUAUUAUGGAGAGGUAGAGAAGCUAUGUGCUCACCUCAAUCUUAAUCCAAACCAAUGGUGUGAAAUUCACCGAUCUCCGUUUGUGCCUUCAACUCAUUUUCCCCCUUGGUUGCCGUUGCAAUGUCCAGUUCAAAUUUGGGUGUUGCUUGCAUAUUUUGUUGAUAUUAGUAGUUGUGGUUACCUUCUGCGUCCUGCCUUUUUUCAGACGUUAUUGCGUCUUGCCAUGUCGAAUCAAACUCAUCAGCCUCUUGUCAUGGCAGAAAGGGGAGCGGGCUCUAUGAAACUAUUAGAGCACUGUGCCUCAAAGGAGGUGGCGCCAUUUAUCUACAAGAAGAUUAUGAAUGGUGGUUCGGCUCUUUGCUAUCCACAUCUAAUUGAUAUGUUUCACGUUUUUCCCUUUGUAAAACUUCCUCUGGCUCGACUGUUGGAGGUGAGUGGACCAUUGCGACCGCGGCGGUUUAGUGUAGCCAACUACACACUGGAUGAUUCUUCUGCAGAGGGACAACCGCGUUCCAUACAGUUGUGUCUUCGGAGGGUUGAUAUCAGUAAGGUGACGGUUGACAACUCGGGGGAAUGA